AUGUCGGGUCUUUUACAGACGAAGCACCUGAGCAAGUUGAGCAAUUUUGAAGCACUAAUUAAGAAUCGACGCACCAUCGCGGGAGUGAAUCAGGUUAGAGAGACUCCCCCGUCCAAGCAGCUGCGACUUGAUUUUCAUGAUGGGACCAUCUCACAACCUUCCCUCGACAAGCUCGUUGUGAACUUUGUCAACGGCGGUAUGCAGCGAUUUUUUAUAGUUGAAAAUUUCUCUUUUGUCCUCCUCAUAAGGGCACUUUCCCCCAAGAAAACUUUGCUGGCCCGUAAAGCGCUGAUAUCGCGCAGACAAGAGGAGUACAUGGAAAUGAAGGAUCGCUUAAAGCAGGAGCUAUCCAAUGUUGCCUACGUGUGCAUCACUGCCGACUGCUGGACGACUUUCCGCAGGUGCUACAUUGGCAUAACUCUUCUGUGGCUUUUGUCACGCACACUGGAGCGAAGGUCAGCAGUUCUGGCAUGCCGAAGGCUAGUGGAGCGAGUGACUGAUGACAUUCUGGCCGCUACAAUUUCUGAAGUGCUUGAGGAAUACGACCUACAAACCAAGGUGACAAGGGUCAUCACUCACAAUGGAUCAAAUUUUUUAAAAGCAUUUAGCAUCUUCGGGGAGAAGUCAUUUCUGGGUAAGGAAGACGAGGAGAUUGAUAUCGAAGGCGUUGACCUAAGCAAGCUGAUAGACAGCGCCGACGAGGGAAUUUGUCUACCCCAGCAUCACCGCUGUACUGCCCACUGUCUGAACCUUGUAUCUACCGUUGAUGCUUCAUGCGCAAGUGAAGACGAAGCGUUCUCAAAGAUGUUCACUGUUAUGUUGUAUUGCGCGCGUUUCAGCACGUAUGACGCGCCCCCUUUUUUUCUUUUGAUCGCUCCUCCUCUGCCUACUCUUUCCCUCUCUGAUAACAUUCUAUAAGUUACGCAUGCCUGCCGGCCGCGCGUUCUUCUCACUCGCUCGCUCCGUCAUGGAAUAAAGUCAUUCCACCUCGCCACUCGCCGAGCUGCUCUCGUCAAUCCUGUUCGUCCACUCGCACGAA